AGUUCAACACAACAUGAAGGGCUAUAAAAGGCCUAAAGGCAUAGUGCAAUCAACAGUGUGUUUUUGAACUCGAAACCUUCACAAGUUAAGCUUUACCUCAAAAUUCAGCAACAUGCCUGCGUCAGGAAAGGUAAAUGUCCCAUUAGGUUGUAAAGAAGUUACAAUAUUCCUCUGAAUUUCUGUAGAAAUAAUUUUUUGAACGAUAAGUGUCUAUCAUAACAAACUUUGAAUGAGAUUUCUUGCACAUUCUUGAGAAAAGAUAUAAAAUUGAACUUUUGACGUGGCUUUGCAGAUUGUAUAGAAAAAGAAGGUAUAAAAACUUGGGGAGGGGGAGGAGAUAGGGGUUUUAUUAUUUCUGGCUUUAUUUAAAAAAAAAAUUACCAACGCCUACCGUGGCUUCCUUAUUUCAAGAAAACAGUUAUGGAAAGCAAAAAAUAUUAAUUGUUAAUCAUAAUAAAUAACGUUUUAUGAUCAUAAUGUUUUCAGAAAAUCGUGCAAAGCGAAGAAGUCAGUCGUCAGAUGAAUACUGGUUUGGGAAAGGAUGAUUGCCUUGAAGGUAAAGCUAGGCUAUAUAUUAUAUGAAAGAAGAUCAUGCGAUGACCUUCUUCCAUGUAAUUCUUCACCCCGCAGUUCUCUUAAAUAAUUUUCAUAUAUAUUCAUAGCUUAAAAAAGAUAUAUUUGUUUACAAAAAUAACUCAAAACAAUGUGCUCUGAGUUAAAUGAAGUAAAACAAAAGAAAUGAACUGCUAACCCCUGAAAUCUCAAGGACAUUUCUUUUUUCAUAUACGCCACAGCAAGAGAAAAUAGAUUAUUUUCUCUUGCCACAGCCAUGGAGCCAAGUAAUAAUUAUAAUUUGAAACUAGACUGUCGUCCACAGUCCCCUAUUUUUUCGUCAGAAAGUCAGGAUCAAGCGCUUUUUCCUUUGUACCAAGCGGCGAGCGUAGGCGGGGUCUAGAUUUGACACAAAUCCAAGAAGACCGCCAGUAAUGCAAAGCGGUCGAUCUCUAUGAACUUACGACGAAAAUAGGGGACUGCGAACAGUCUAAUUUGAGACUAAAGCCUAUUAUGACAUAUAAAAAUGUUAUACCUAGACUAUUUUUGCUCUCUUAUUUUAUUUAAUUUUUAUCAUUUGACAUUUUCAGGCCAGCUGUUGUGUAGGGAUUCCAAGAUUCAGGUGCUUCCUGCAGCCUUCUAUCUGAAUGAAAAUGUUAAUUUUAAACAAACUGCUACAUCAGGAAAAAUGAGCACACAAGGUUGUUGUUGCUAAGGAGUGCAGCAUCUAGCACUCUUGCAGUAUUGAUGUGAAGAAGUUAUUUUAAAAGCAUUAUUUAAUAUUUCGAUUAAAUAUCGCCGCUCUCAUUAUAUUAUAAACAUGUAAACUGUAAGCAAUGAUUUUUUCCCAAUACGUUGAAAGUUCAACUGAAAAGAAAACUAUAUAUUUUUUUUGAGCUACAGUUCAGAUGCAGUAUUGUUGUAGAUUAAGGUACUGUUCUUAUACUAGGAAUAAAA